AUAAUAUUUUAGCUAUUAUAUAAAUAUUAGUAAAUAAACGAACAAAUAUAUUCUUGUACAUUCCUAAUUAUGAUAAAUAAUACAAACUAAUAAUAUAUAUAUAAUUAUUAAACAAGACAAACGGUGUGACUCGUAAAUGCGUGUCUGUCUAUUCAAAUUAUAAUACGAUUAAGCGACUUCAUGAAAGUCAGCGUAAACCACUAAAAAACACUUUAGCUCUUCUCACACGAUGCGUCAACGCACAAGUAGAAAAUUUACCAUUACAUGCGCGACUUCUCCAUUUCCAUACGAAGAAGCAUUUUCGCACUGUCUUAAAAUCGCGAAGCCGAUCGAAAACUCGAAAGAGCGAACUCCGUCACGCUUAUACGCCUUCUUUCUUCGCUUAUCACUGCAAAUCAAAUCACUGCGACCGAAACCGGUCAUCUCGUCGUCGUCAUCAUCAUCAUCAUCAUUACAAGGGAGAAACAUAUUUCUCCCUAGUUCGAAAUAAAAUGUCUUGCCAUUUUUUUUCGAUUGAUUACAGUCCGAUGAUCUGGGUAUCGCAGUAUCAUGAGAUAAGGAUGACGCCGAGUCACGAUGUCACGUUAAAGAGCAUCGAAACCGAUCAGUGCGAGAAUAAUCAAGUGAAUCGCCUUAUACCAAUGUGCCUGACACAGGCUAACACCGUCGCCAGUGUUACAUUCUUUCUGUUGCUGGUGCUGCUAUUCUUCGUCGCACCUUUCGUGAUACUCAUCACCCUGUACUCGUCCAUUGUCAGCUAUCUAAUCCACGAUUCAUCGUCCACGUCCUCGACUACCACGAGCCAUAACACCAGCGACUCGUAUCAUAGCCGUGCUCGUCGACAAGUAGUGUACAUGCUGUUGGCCGUGGUGAUCAGCUUCUUCGUAUGCUUGUCACCCUAUCGGCUUCUCAUCUUGUACAUCGUGGUAGCGCCCGCUGAGCAAAUUGCUGCGAUCGAUCAUGACACGUUCUUUGGUCUGCUGAAUUUUUGCAGGAUCAUGUUCUACCUGAACAGCGCUGGUAAUCCGAUAUUGUACAAUCUGAUGAGUAGCAAGUUCCGAAGGAGUUUCUUGAGACUGUGCAGUCUUCGGAAAGAUUCUGAAAGCACACGCAGAAGUGCGAUCAUCCGCGCACGACGAGUCGCGAUAAAUCGGCAGAAUCGGAGUCAGGAACAAAAUUUUUUAUGAUCGAAUAAUGAAAUUAGCAAAAUACUUUAUUUAUCAUAUGCACGCUCUCGCGUGAAAUUAACGAUAAGUGAUACAUUGAUUAAAAUGCAUCAAAUAAAAAUGUUAAAUACAAUGUGCAUUUAUUAAAACCGAAAGAUUCUUGCGCAACCUGAGAGAUAUACAAUACUUUUAAAGAAACAUAGAUAUUGGAAACAAAGAUACUGGAGAAUUAUAUUUGCAUUUAAAAAAUGUAAAAAAUAUAUAAUAUUAUAUAAAUAAUUG